GCCUCGUUGCCCGUGCGCGCUCUCUCUCUCUCUCUCUCUAACCUCUCUCCUCUCUGCGUGUGUGAGCGGCUUGGUAGCUGCCGACCUGCCGUGUCUUCUCCUUCCUCUAUUUUAUCACCCUCCGCUUCCCCAUUCUUCACCACCCGAGAAAUCCUCUAGCCUAGCUAGCAUAGUUUCUCACCCGCCCCGAGCUGAAAACUCACCUAGCCACCUCGGAAACGAGAAGUUACCGUCGAUUCUGUUCUGACCCCGGGCAUCAUGGACACCUCGCACCGCUAUCCAUGGCUCAACUUCUCCCUCGCUAACCAAUGUGAUCUAGAGGAGGAGGAGAGGGGCGCCGCGGCCGAGCUGGCCGCCAUAUCCGCCGCCGCGCCGCCGCCGAAGCUGGAUGACUUCCUCGGCGGAGGUAUCAACGGAGGCGGCGGCGGUGGUCCGGUGUCCGGAGCCGAGACGGCGGCCGCGGAGCUGUACAACUCGGAGCUCAAGUUCAUAGCAGCCGGCUUCCUGAGCGGCGCCACGGCGCCAUCGCCGGUGUCUUCUCUCGACCAGGCCGACGCGAAGCUGGCCUUGCCUGCCGCAGCGGCUCCAGCCCCGGAGCAGAGGAAGGCCAUGGACUCCUUCGGGCAGAGGACGUCUAUCUACCGCGGCGUCACACGGCACCGGUGGACGGGCAGGUACGAGGCGCAUCUGUGGGACAACAGCUGCCGCCGUGAAGGCCAGAGCCGCAAGGGCCGCCAAGUGUAUUUGGGUGGCUAUGAUAAGGAGGAGAAGGCAGCGAGGGCGUAUGAUCUUGCCGCAUUGAAAUAUUGGGGUCCUAGCACCACCACCAACUUUCCGGUUGCUGAGUAUGAAAAGGAACUUGAGGAUAUGAAGAACAUGACGCGGCAAGAAUUUGUAGCUUCACUCAGGAGGAAGAGCAGUGGAUUCUCUCGAGGUGCUUCUAUGUACAGAGGCGUCACCAGACAUCACCAGCAUGGGCGAUGGCAAGCAAGGAUCGGAAGGGUGGCCGGUAACAAGGACCUCUACCUUGGAACAUUCAGUACCGAGGAGGAAGCUGCAGAAGCCUAUGACAUCGCGGCCAUCAAGUUCCGUGGCCUGAACGCCGUUACAAACUUUGAGAUCAGCCGGUACAACGUCGAGAGCGUAAUCAGAAGAAACCUUCCAAUCGGGAGCGUGUUGACCGGCGGCCGGAGCACCAAGGCCCUGGAGUCCUGUCCGUCGAGCUCCGACGCCAUGCCCGUCGAAGCCAGCACCGCGCCGCCGUCGCUCGCGUUCGCCGCGCUUCCAGUGAAGUAUGACCAACAGGACUACCUGUCAAUGCUCGCCUUGCAGCAUCACCAGCAAGGGAACCUGCAGGGGUUAGGCUUUGGCCUCUACACCUCUGGAGUGAACCUUGAUUUCGCAAACACGAAUGGCACUACUGCAAUGGCGCAUUGCUUCUCCAAUGGCACCUCACAUGAGCACCACCAGCAUCAGCAGCAGCUGCGAGAUCAGCAGCAGGAUCUGUCGCAAAGCUCCAACAGCUCCUCCAUACCAUUCGCCACACCGAUAUCCUUCAGUGGGUCCUAUGAAAGCUCCAUGACGCCAAGCACCUUUGGAUACUACCCAAAUGUGGCAGCCUUUCAAACACCGAUCUAUGGAAUGGAAUGAUUUAGGGAGGUGGUGGCCUGGCAUGCUGGCGUUUUGCAUGCAAAAGGAAAGGCCUGAUCCCUGAAGUGAUGAGAUCAAAACUGACAUGGUUCUCACACGCAAAACAUAAAGUAGGGGAAAGAGAGGUACUGGUAAGAUGAUGAAGACAUAGGAAGCAGCAUGCAGCAUGCAGCAUGCAGGAGACACUGACGAGUCAGAGACAAGAGAAGACUGCUAACAAAUGAUCGACGCAGCUAGCAUAUUUACUUUCCCUUUUGUGGCUUUGGUUUUUUCAGCUUUAUCUGGCAUUGCUGAGCUUUGUUGCCCUAAGCUUCCUUUGAGCUUUUCUUUCUACUGACAUGAUUCUGCAAGUGCUAUCAUAGCGUAGCCAGCCCUGUACAAUGGAAGCAGGAACGUCUUUAAUUUGUAGCUUUUUGCCCCUUUAUUUUCCUUUUUCCCUUUCCUUUCUGAUCGCUUUAGUUGCCCCCCUGUUCUGCUGGUAUGCUUCAGAGUUCAGAGGGGAUAAAUGUUGAAGCUCGUGUGUAAUGAAGAAGUUUAUCAAGAAAUAUAGCACUGUAACUCUGAAUUUCAGAUUGCUAGGUACUACUAGAUUCAAUAGAAGAGCAUCUGGGAAUAUGAUCUGUAGUUCAAUGACUUGAACGGAUCA